AUGUUUAAGUGUUUGCCCUUCAUAAAGGGGUGUGGAACACAGAUUGAUACCAUAGAAAAGAGUCAUGCCAGUUUGACUUCGGUCCCUGACGACGUCCUUAGAAGCUAUAGGACACUAGAGGAAUGCAAAUUGGAUGCGAAUCAGAUUAAAGAACUGCCAAACGUAUUUGUAAUGAUAAUCCAGGCAUUUUUUCGGCUAGAACGAAUCCGAAUCCUUUCAGUUAGUGAUAAUGAACUUACUCGUAUUCCUCCCGGUAUUGGGAAUUUUUCUUAUCUCGUGGAGCUUGAUAUUAGUCGAAAUGAUAUCAGUGAACUCCCAACCAGCUUAAGGCUUUGUGAUUCGCUACAAGUUCUUGAUGCGAGUAACAAUGCCUUGAAAAUGUUGCCAGAAGGGUUCUCGCAACUUCGGAGUUUGCGUGUUCUCAGUUUGAAUGAUGUAUCACUAUACGAGCUGCCCGCUGACUUCGGAGGGCUAAAAAAGCUGCAAAAGUUGGAACUUCGUGACAACUAUUUGAACAGUCUUCCGGUUACGUUUGGCGAACUCGCUAGUUUGGAGUUUCUCGACCUUGGCGGCAAUGAUUUUAGCACAAUGCCACCUUCCAUUGGAUGUCUUCAAAAUCUUCUCGAGUUAUGGCUUGACGACAAUCAAAUGACGUCGCUUCCCGAUGAAAUUGGCAAUCUACAUGCACUGCAACAAAUGGAUGUCUCGGAGAAUCGUCUCACUUCCCUUCCAUCCACAAUCGCUGGGUUGACCUCUCUUGCUGACCUCAACUUAACCCAGAACUUUCUCGACUGCCUCCCUGAUGAAAUCGGCCAGUUGGCCAAUCUGAGUGUCUUCAAGCUGAACCGCAAUCAAUUGGUAGACUUGACACCAGCUAUCGGAAGGCGAGCCCUGCCGAACACGAUUGGCAAUCUGACAAAGAUGUUCCAUUUUAACGUGACCAAGAACCAGCUUGUAGAAUUACCCCCUGAGAUUGGAAAGUGUGUGGCACUACAAAUUCUCUCCCUUCGUGAUAAUAACCUCCGUCGAAUACCUUCGGAAAUCGGCAACCUCACCCAACUCCACGUUCUCGAUCUGGCAGGCAAUCGACUUGAUCGACUUCCAGUUUCGCUCAUGUCAUGCCCACUGAAGGCCCUCUGGUUGGUUCAGAGCCAGGCCCAACCGAUUUCACUCCAACGCGCUGUGGACGAGAACAGUGGGGAGGAGUACCUAACCUGUUACCUCCUGCCACAGGAAGCCGAUGACAAUGUCUGUCGUAAUGGACUGCCUUCGUCAAACGCCUCUAGCCCGGGAGCAACAUCGAAUCAAUUUAAGAAGGAACUGGAAUCCACCAAUGGAACUCUUCUGCCCACUACGCAAAUCCCCUCCGGAACCUCCUCCAUCAUCAAUUUGGAGGACGAAAAGGGGGUAGGUGAGGAGCAGGAGGGGGAAGAGGAGGACGAGACAACACGAGAGCCAACUUCGGCAUCCACUCGAGUUCGAUUUACUGCCGAGGAGGGCGUUACCAAGGCCACCAACGAUGCAGCGGCUCGUGAGUACCCCAAGACGAGGCAUCCAAUGCACCUGAAGAAGGUCAUACUAAAUGGCGAGCUCGCGCACAAAGUGAGUGACAACACACCAUGUCUGCCCUCUAAUGGUCUUGACUUGCAACCGAAGGCGGACCAGAACACGUCUCAUGGCCGACUUCAGGAGUAUCCUGUGCCUGUGUGCAAGCAUCCAGACAUCCAAGGGGAGGAUUCUUCAGUGUCGAUUUAUCUUCGCCACCAGGAUGGACCUAAACGCAUCCUGGGCUCGAGUUCUGCCGCUAGUACUUCGCCUUUGUAUGCCAAUACUCGUCCCUGCAAUCGCAUCGAGCUGGUGAACGACUGUGUUGGCAGUCUCAGCUCCGAUCUUGGCUCGCCCAUAUCUACUGGCAGUUCAGGCGGCAUCGACGAGCUGCUCUCGCCAAACGCUACCGUCUCCGCCGCUUCCACCUCGUUAUCUAGAAAACUGUGUCGUCAUGGCGCUGAGGGAGGCGUGGCUUUCGCUGAGACUCCUGGCGAACAUCGGUUUGUCACUGGUAAGGGGCAGGAGGAAGAUGAGGAGCAGGCAUAUAGCAGCGGUGGGGAGGAGAUUGACACAAUCACCAAGUCUGUGGCCUUCAGCGACGAAGUGAUCGACAAUGAGGCCAACGCUAGCCAGAAGUUAAUACGCCGUGAUACCCCGCAUUACACCAAACGCGCCCGCAUUCACAUGAACAAUGAGGAGGCUGUGCUCAAACUCUUGAAAAAGUAUCACGACCCCUCUGUAGUGGACGCCUUUGCGGACGGCAAUGCUCCGGAGAACGUGAAGACCACCAACGCCCUCCUUAUGGUCGCCGCAGCGGCCGCUGCCGCAUCGGGAAGUGGUGGUGGAACAAUGGCAUCGACCGACUCGCAAUUCACUACAGAUUCUCAGACCUCCGCGCCACCCACACCAGCUCCAACGUCGCAGCAACCACCACUGCCGAAAACGGAGCAAGUCACCCUCCACGUAACCCUGGAGCGUGUGCCGGGUGGCGGUUUGGGUCUGAGUAUUGCGGGGGGCGUGGGUUCGGUACCCUUUCGUGGUCUCGAUCAGGGCAUCUUUGUUAGUCGACUGGCUCCUGGGGGCCUUGCCGAAAUCUCUGGUUUGAAGGUUGGCGACAAACUACUCGAGGUGAACGGGGUGAGUAUGGUCAACGUGGAGCACCAGGUGGCAGUGAGUGCACUUCGCACCGACUCCACGCGCUUCAAGCUCCUCCUCUGUCGCGAAGUGCCCGUGAUCACCCAGCCCCUACCCAGCGAUUCCGACGCACCCACCUCCACCGCAUCCCCCACCAUCGCACCCAUCGCAGCAACACCACCACCACCCUACGUGAUGGAUCCACAAAGGGCGCAUAAUCUACCCUCCAGUCUACUCAAUACCACCUCCCUGGGUCGCAACAUUCCCAACGCCACUGUCCCAUUCGUGCAGGCUGCUCCUAUGGCCAUGCAGUUAAUUAAAUGUACGCUGCACCGAGACUGGAGCGGAUUGGGCUUCAGCAUUGCUGGCGGCCGCGGUCUCCUCGGUCAACAGGCCGACACAUCGACCAUCUACAUCAGUCGCAUCGUGGAGGGUGGUGCAGCUGAUAAGGCGGGCAAGCUGCGCAUUGGAGAUCAAUUGUUCAAAAUAAACGGCAUUGAUGUGCGGAAUGCGCGGCACGACCAGGUGAUAACCCUGCUGACGGGUGCUGGACCGAAAGUGGAGCUGGAAGUACUACGCAAACUCACUGCGCCUAAUACUUCAAGUGCUCCCUACAUUUCUGGUUUGGGCGAAGGCUUCUCGCGUACCCCCUCGUUGGCCGCGGGACCGCAGUUCUUGCACAAAGAGGAGGGUCUGGACGUCUAUCGGGUCACCCUCAAGCACCGACCUGGCAAGAGCCUCGGCCUACGCAUCUGCGGUGGCUGCGAUACUUCGUCUUUGCCCUUCGGUGGUGACUCUCCCGGUGUUCAGGAAGGGGGUGAAGCAAAGGAGGCCGGUCUUCGUGUGGGCGACCGCCUGUUGAGCGUCAAUGGCAGAGAUUUGCGUCGAGUGACCCACGAUGAAGCCGUAGCUGCUCUCAUGCCCUCCGGCGUCGCGGAAGAAUCCCUCAUACUUGAAAUUCGACGCGACCCCUCUCCUCCUGGUCUACGAGAGGUGGUGAUUUCCUGCCCUUCAGACGAGCCAGUGGGGUUGAGUUUGAUGAGUCUUCGCCCUACACUACUCUCACCGGCUCAUUCUUGCUCUCGAAGUGAUGAAAGAUCGGUGAAUGAGGAAACGGAAGGCAUUUUUGUGCGUCAGAUCACCCCAGAAAGUCCCAUUGCCCGGGACGGUCGGGUAAAACCCGGCGAUCGUUUGUUAGUGGCAAAUUCAGAGUGGGUGAUGAGUCUAGAGCCUCAAGAACUGGUGGAGGUGCUCCAUCCGCAGGAGGGCACCUUAAGUCUAACCCUCUGUGACGGAAUCGACAUCUCAAGUUUUGGUGAGGUCUUCUCCUCCAGACAGCCUGUUUUCAGUAACCUCUCUUGCCACCUCAUCGAUUGCGAUGGCCAAGUUCAGGAGAGUGUUCGACCCCUCAAGAGUGUUACCCCGUCACAGGACUUGUCUCUUGGCUCGCCGAUUGAAGCGCUUCCCUCCUUCAAGGACCGCAUGCAGUUCUUUGAGAUGGCUCACUAG